AUGCUGGAACAGUAUUCCAAUCAGUGCGAAUACGCAUUCUACAUGCGCGGUCUGAUAGCUCGCAUUGAAGGUGAGCUAGAGGAGGCCUUGUCGUGGUUUAACAAGGCCCUCGCAAUUUCCGCGAACGCAACUACAUACCUUGUGAAUAUUGGACGUAUUUACUUUCUCAUGGGCAAUCACACACUUGCUGUGGAGUAUUUGGAGAAAGCUGUGAAGGCGGACCCAACCGAUUUGGCUCCAGGUCUACAAACUUCGAUCGAGUUAAUCAUCUUUCUCGCUAAGCUGAUGGCCGAAUUGGGAGACACGACAGCUGCGAUACAGGCAUACGAAAGAGCCCUCCAGGUAUUUAUGGUACCACAAUAA